CUCGCUCUUUCCCCACUGAAGAGAACUCCCGCUGCCUUUUCCGGUUCUUCCCCUCUCCCACCAGCUUUGGAUAUCCGGACCGAUGACUCAACGACCGUCGCUCUUCUCACCUCACCAGAUGGGCCGAUUCCGUCUCUCCCACAGAGUGGUGUUGGCUCCGGUAACUAGGUGCCGGGCGAUCGAUGGGAUCCCGCUGCCCGCCCACGUCGAGUAUUACACGCAGAGGGCCACCGACGGAGGUUUCCUCAUCACGGAGGGCACCGUAAUUUCCCCCACCGGAGCAGGGUUCCCACGUUGCCCUGGAAUAUAUACAAGGGAGCAGAUAGAUGCAUGGAAGAAAGUUGUCGAUGCUGUUCAUGCCAAGGGAAGCAUCAUCUUUUGCCAGUUGUGGCAUGUUGGUCGAGCAUCCAAUCAAAUAUACCAACCAGGAGGUACUGCAGCUCCUAUAUCCUCCACUGAUAAGCCAGUAUCAGGGAGGUGGAAGAUACUGAUGCCUGAUGGGAAAUACGGUAGCUAUGCCAGGCCCCGGAGGCUUGCCACUUCAGAGAUACCAGUAAUAGUGCAGCACUAUCGGCAAGCAGCCCUGAAUGCAAUUGAAGCAGGGUUCGAUGGCGUCGAGAUCCACGGGGCGCACGGUUACCUGAUCGACCAGUUCCUCAAAGACGGCAUCAACGACCGAACCGACGCCUACGGCGGCUCGCUCCAGAACCGGUGCCGGUUCCUUGUGGAAGUGACCCGGGCGGUGACCUCCGCCGUAGGGCCAGAGCGGGUGGCCGUCCGCAUCUCGCCCGCCAUCGACCACCUCGACGCGUACGACUCGGACCCGCUCCGGCUGGGGCUGACCGUGAUCGAGCAGCUCAACGCGCUUCAGCGGGAGUCCGGGGAGCGGCUCGCGUACCUGCACGUGACCCAGCCGCGGUACGUCGCGUACGGGCAGACGGAGUCGGGGCUGCAAGGUAGUGCGGAGGAGGAGAACCAGAUGAUGCGGGCGUUGCGGGAGGCGUACAACGGGAGCUUCAUGUGCAGCGGGGGAUUCACGCGGAAGCUGGCGGUGGCGGCGGUGGAGCAAGGCGACGCCGAUCUGGUGUCCUUGGGCAGGCUCUUCAUAUCCAACCCGGACCUGGUGGAGCGGUUCAAGCUGGGCGCUCCCCUAAACAGGUACGUGAGGGCCACCUUCUACACUGCGGACCCCGUCGUGGGCUACACCGACUACCCCUUCCUCGGUCAGCAGCAGCAACAGCAGCGGUCGAAGCUGUGAUACGGAGGCUCAUCAUCUUUAUAUAUAAUUAAUGGAACGCUGUGGGGGAGGAGGUGAAGUGCAGUAAUGUAUUAUUCCGGGCAUUCUAUAUCUGUAUGUACUGCGGCAAAGCAGAUGAUGUCACGUAUAAGGGCGUGUGAUCGUAGAGUUUCUCCUCCAUCGGAGUUCAAGCAGAGCCGUCGUCAGCACUCAAAUAAGACUACCAUUUGUGUACUACGUUGAUUCGUAGAAUAAUCGUGUUGUUAUGUGUACUUCACAUGAUCGUUUACUAUGCAUUUCAAAUUAGCUCUUCGGUUAUCA